AUGAGCUUCGAAUCCGAUGUUGUGGAGAUUGGCUCCAACGCCGCGGGCCUGGCCAACGGACGACCCGACGCGUCAAGCCACGACCACAGCCUAGCUCGCCGCGAUAACAACCCCUUGGCGCUCUCGUGGUUGUAUGAGGCGUUCCUGCAUACCAAUGACCGCUAUGGGCGGAUCGCGGCCGGCAGCCCCCGCUCCGGGGUCGGCAUCCUCGGGCUCAGACUACUGGAGCACCACAUCAACCUCGUCCCGACCAUGCAGCCCGGGGUCGCGGUCCCGGUGUUCGACCACUCGGCCGGCAGCCCCAGAUACCUCGGGUGGCGGCAGAAGGUGGCGACGUGGCCGCUUUCCAAGCAGGAGGCGAUGAACAACCGUACCUUUGCUGUUUGA